GCUGAAGGAAGGUUUGCUUCAAGACUGCGAGAGAUGACAACUUGAUCUUGUGAAACUCCAGACAAUCCCUUUGUAGUUGGACGAGGAUGGUACGUCCCGCAGUGCUUUUGUUUCCUGUGAGAGGAAAACUUCAAUCACUUCAACGCUCUGUUCUCAUUGGUCCGUUUCGUGAAGCCUGCCAAGGUGUCGACUGAUUGGUCCUUCAUUCCACUUGGAACACUUGUCAGCCAAUCGCCCUCUGCCUGGCGGCGUCUCCUCUGCAGCAGUUUUGGGCUUCAGCUGGGACAGAGCACAUCAAGAGAGCGAGAGAGGGGAGACUGAGCUGCACUGCUGCUGAAAUCAGGGCUUCUGCACCAGUGAUCUCCAUCAUGGAGGUUCCCAGGAGGCCUCAGCCCUCUUCCUUCACACUGGCUCUCCCUAAACCAGCCUCAUCUGCACUGCCUCCCCUUGGAGCUGUACAGAAGGUCCACAAGAAAGAUCCAGUGAAUGAAAAGCUCCAGGAGAAGGAUGGAAACCCAGAGAACAAUACAUUUGGAGGGGAGACAUUCGGUGCAGAGGAAGAGUCAGAUGUGUUUGUGUCUGUUGAAGCUCCAGCUGAGACCUCGGAGCUUGAUGAUUCAAACGCUUCCGCUGUGGACUCAAAACUUUCCUCACAGAAUAGUUUCUCAGAAGAGAGCUCAACGUCAGAGGAGAGGUUAGCACAGGAGGCGGAAGAGGCCAAAAAGAAAUCUGAAGAGGAGCGAGCGGCAGCUAAAGAGAGAGAAGCCCAGAGACAGGUGCUGGCCAUAGAGGAGCUGGUCCAGUCUGAGAGGAAUUAUCUUCGGCUGCUUCAAGUUAGCACCGUGACCAUCAGGAGCAACCUGCAGAAGCUGCAGCCUCCUCCAGCCAACCUGGACAGCAUGUUUCUCUACAUCGAGGACGUGAUCGACGUUUCGAGUCGACUCCUCAGCUUGUUGGACCAGAAGCAGGUUCAACCUGGAGAUCCUCUCUUCCUGGAGACACUCUGUGAUUCGUUCCUCAGCCUGUCUGCAGACAUUGAGGCAGCCUAUAAGGAAUAUUUGGCCAACUACAACCACAUCACAGUGCUGGAGAACAGCUACAAACAGAAGGAGGGACUCUGGAACGAGAUUGUCAGAGUCAUCAAGGCCUCAGCGCCUGAGGUUAAUGCCACUUCUCUGAGCUUCUUCUUGGUGAUGCCAGUGCAGCGGAUCGCCCGCUACCCCCUCCUCCUGCAGACCAUUCAGAAACACACCGACCAGGCUCACCCAGCUUAUUCACUCCUGGAGCAGACUGCUCACACCUCUAUUGCUUUAAACUGUCGAAUCAAUGAGUACAAACGCUUCAGAGAAGUUGCUGACAAAUACAAGAAGACAGAAACCCUAACCAUCAAGGACAAGAUCUACCGCCUCAACUCCCACAGCAUUGCCAAGAAGACGGCGAGGCUCAGCCAGCAAAUCAAACACGAGACUGGAAUAACUCCUAAGCUGGUUGAUGAGGAGUUUGACGCCCUGGAAGGUUUCUUUUACGUUCUGGAGCAUGGGAUCCUGGAGCUUCUGGAGAAUGUGGAGACAUACCUGGAACACCUACAGACGUUCCUGGCCUGCAAAACAGAGGAGUUUGACUUUGAUAUGGAUGGAGAGAAGGCACCUAUUUGCUACAAGGAGAUCACUACAGCGCUUAGACAGUGGAUUCUUCCUACAUUUGAGAAGAGGAUGAGGACGUUGAUCCACAAGCCGUUAUGUUCACUGCGUGACCUCCUGGUGGGACCGAGGAACCUGAUCAGGAAGAGGCUGGACAAGCUGCUCGACUAUGAAGUGAUAGAAGCCAAAUCUAAUCUGAGCUACGAGGAGCAGGCUGUGGCCAACACAUACAGGACAAUCAAUACUUUGCUCCUUAACGAGCUUCCUCAGUUUAACGGUUUAGCUCUGCAGAUGAUCUGGAGCAUGUUGGGGACGUUUAGCUGUCUGCAUAAAGACCUCGCCUCAGACAUGGAGCAACUCUUCCAGAGCUUUGCUCAGCAGCUGCCUCACAGCUCUCUCAGCCCUGGUGCAUUCUGGGAGUGGGCGGGGUGUGCGGUGCUAGAAGGGGCGAGGAAGCUGGAGACUUUGUGUCGAAGUGUGGAGGACACGCUCAACGCACCUGCCAUCCAGCCUCUGAGCCCAUCCUCUCAGCGGCGUCUGAAGCAGCUAACAGACAAGCACGGUUCCGGAAAGAUCUACCAGGUGAUAGGGGCAGUUGUGGGCAGCCGCGACCUGGACCUGAACCUGGCCAAAGGGGAGCUGGUGGCCAUGAUCAGCGAGACUGACAGCAGUGGCGACAAGCGGAGAUGGCUGGUCGAUGCAGGAGGCAGAAGAGGCUACGCUCCUCCCGCGAAGCUGAUUCGCUAUCAUCAGCCAACAGAGGACCCGCCCCCUUCACCACACCUGACCCUGCCAGAAGGCGUGACGGGAAUCAGAAGACACUCCUACACACCUGAGAGCCGGACACUGACAGUGAGCCAGCCUUACAUCCAGGUGGUGGCAGCCUAUGACUUCACAUCGAGAGGGAACCAUGAAGUUUCUAUUCGGGCCGGCGAGCCGGUCUGUGUUCUGGAGCCCCACGACAAACGAGGGAACCCUGAGUGGAGCCUGGUAGAGGUGAGAGGUGGGCAGAGAGGUUACGUACCCUCCAACUACCUCACAGUAAUGCCUAUGGGGGUGAGACCACUUGGCUUUUACCAGCCCUACUGAUAGGGAGGAAGGAAGGAAGGAAGAAAGGGUAGAGGAAAAGCAGCAGCAUGUAGAGCAACAGUGUGUCCAGUAUAACAGCAUUAUUUUAGUAAUGAAGCUUCACUUGCUUCCUAUGAAACAGUGGCGUGUACUCUAUCUGCAUCAUGACCAUCAGUCAUUUUGAUUUUAGUGUCAAAAGCACUAAAAAGGCCAAAUUCUCUUACAGCUGACUGCUUACAAUUUUACAACUUCUUGUGAUUUUCAAAAUCACAAGGAAAGAAAAGUAAAAGAAGGAUUAUGAUGAUGGCAGGUCGAAAGCAUAUCUGAGCCUUCAUUUUUCCACACCAAAAACACGGUCUCUUUUCAAAAGCUCUAAAAAAAAGCUCUAACUGAAGUGGAGAUGCCGCAAGUUUCGCAUAAUGGUGUGGACAAACAAAGCUUUUCUUUUUUUUUUUAUAAACUCUGACAUCUCACUGCAGAUCCGUCCAUGCUCUGACUAAACUUCCAAAAUUACUUUAUGGAGCAAAAUGACAGAAAGUUGCUUAAAUGCAUAAAAGGCGCAAGCAGCUGGAGGACAGAAAACAACAGAUUUGUACUGUAAGGCUUCAGUGUGGACAGCAGAACCUGUAGAACAAUCCGAAGGUGUUAGUGUGGGUGGAAAACCUUUGAUACAUGAACAGUGUUUUUAGAUUUUUCUGGCCUUGGCUCUGCAGAGUCCUUCCCCUUUACAAGUUUGACACACUGCAAAAAAAAAAAAAUGAAGGAAGCAGCAGCCCCAGAGCUGGUAGUCAUAUGGUGUCUUGCU